CAGGCGAAUGCUAAUGUUUCCGCGCGUCUAUUUAGCUCCUAAUCUAACUUUUGCGCUAUAAUUAUUUAAUUAAUGCAUUUUAAGACCCCCCAAACCUUAAGGUGGUCAGACCACCUUAUAAAACCCUUCGUAAUUAAUUCGCCACCUGACUGCAUCCGCAGGCUAUUUUAAUCUAAAGUAGAUUUGCAGAAUGUACACAAUACGCGUUGUUUAACUGUCAAGCGUGCUGUAGUGCGUCUUUAAGCAGUACGCUGCGGUAGGAGGAGUUGUAGCGGUUGUGACGCCGCCAGCGGAGCCGUGGUGCUGAGCUGAACAGCGCCUGUCCACCUGCAGUAGUGCGCAAGACCGACCGGGACAAUAUUCUCUCGCAUCGCUCGGCGGAACCCUGCAACCGACAGCACGUCUCACAGGAAUUAUCUCCACGUUUGUGAAUAGCAAACAUCUGCCUCCUCUGCUGAUGGCCAAAAUGAAAACCGGCUGCGCGAUUCUUGUGGCGUGUGCCUUAGUUGUGGGCACCUCUUUGGGGAGUCACGGAAACGCUCAGAUCAUCGCUCCAUGCAGACCAGGUUUCUCCCAGAGUUUCUACACCGUAUUUGUCCCCAGGGGUGUGCUGCAAGGCCUGAACAUUCACAAAGAUACCCUGCUGUCAUCUGGCCAUGUGAAGUUCGAAACCUGUCAACAAAUGGAGGAGGUUUCUUUCGAAAGCAGUGACCCAAAGUUCAGCGUUCGACCGGAUGGCUCUCUUUACGCAGAGCAACAUGUGACGAAUCUAACUGAACCCAUUCAGUUUAUGGUGACAGCCAGAGACAGCGCGGGAAAGUAUAUCUGGGAGACCACUGUUAAACUGGCCCUCGCUGGACACCUGCUAUCACCUCCUGUUAACCAGUUUGCUGGGGAUGGUAUUUAUGGCGGAUCCUCCCACAACCACUAUCAAAAUCCCAGGCUCAUUAUGUUUCCACGACAACACCAGCGAGGCUCGUCCAAUGGGCUGCGGCGACAGAAGCGAGACUGGGUCAUUCCACCAAUCAACGUGCCUGAAAACUCCAGAGGACCCUUCCCUCAAGUUCUCGUCAGGGUCAGUAACGGCUACAGUUCACAGCUAACUUAUAAAAAGCCUAAAAAGCUUUAAUUUUAUUAAAGGCACAAGACAUCUCCAUUGCUUUUACUUAAUAAUCAUACAGAAUAUUUUUACACAUGCCACUUGGUUGUUAGUAAAACAGAUAUAACUUUCAGCCAUGAAUGAAAAGACUCAAGAUCUUGGCAAGCUUUGUCUCUGAGAACAGACAGUUCCACAACUGAAGUUUCACUGUGUCCCUUCGAGACAUAAAAGAACAAGUCUCUCUCAAGUCUCCACACAGAAGCUUUUACCAAGGCCUCGCACUUCUGAAAGACAGAGCUUUCCUCGCCACGUCUCUUGAACCGCAGAGAAACCUAAGAGGUUAAAAAGCAGUAUCACAGGUGAACAUUUUCAAGAGCUUUCUUUCAGACAGCUCUUCUGCGUCUGCCGCUGAGAGCCCUUCUAAGGUAAGAAGAGGACUUGUGCUCCCUCUCUGAGUCAAGGGUUGAUGAGGAGGGGGCUCAGAGUUAGAUUGGCACAGGGUAUCAACAUCUCUCAUCCAUCUAAUGCUUCUACAAAGCCUCUGCUUAACUUUCUUCAGAAUGAGAUGAGGAAUGAGGCUUUGAGGGAUCUUUUCUAUCAUAUCUACAGGGUUCACUGCUAGGUUAAAUGUAAGGCAUAACGUACAGUCAGGGUCCUGACCAACCCUGAUUUCACCGAAAACCAAGAACAUAGUGCAAAAAAUGCAAAAAAAUAAAUAAAAAAAAAGACUUAAAGUUCGAAGGUUUAUGGGCCAUAGAUGAAAAAGAUUAAUUGAUCAUUGUGGAAUAUAGAGUUUAUUGGUCAUUACACUGCAUUAUUUGGCCAUUUAAUGCCAUUAUUGACCAAUGAGAAUUCAGAACCAAUCAGAAAGUAUUUUAGAAAGCAGUGUAUAAGAAGGGAAAUUAUGUGAUUGAGGACCAUAAUGGAAGACUGUAACAUAGUUGGUAUGGCAGAAGGUACUUGAAAUGUUGAAGAGGAUGUGUUCUCAUAAAGAGUUUUUAUAGAAACCUGCACUAAAAAGUAUCCGCCUCUGCAGUACUUUGAGGUGUGUUAUCCAUGCUUGAGCUUUUCUGGGGUUCUACAAGCUUAAGUUUGUGUUAUCUGUCGUUCAGACUCCAGCCUGGCCUUAGCAUUCUGUGGACUGUCCUCAUAAACUCCCUCACGGCCACUUGUACCUCAGAUUACACCCAUGGAUUACUACAAUCUCUUCCCACCAAUGCGCACGCAGACGCAUGGACAUCACUUUAAACCACCCAUAUGGAAAGAUUAGAAAACCUGUAAAAAAAGCAUGGAAUCCGUUUGAGGGGAGUUUUGAUAACCCUUCUCACCUCUAGCCUUAAAUGUUUGGCUUUAGAGACCCAGGUCUGUGGGUGUGUGGAGCUGACAUGUUAUGCUUGUUGGCUAUUUUCAGGCAAUAAAAGAUUACCUGCUGCAGCCAAUGCCAGGCAAAUCCACACUUUGCAAAAGCAGAUUAUUCUGUACAGAAAUAAUAAUAAAA